AUGACGGUGCAACCGCAUACCUCAGGACCGGGCGCACAGGAUGUUGAACUGGCGAAUGUCGCGUCGCCAACUACUGCUGAGGCCGGACCGAGCAACAGUACUGCAAACUUGCAGGAAUACGACUAUCUGGACGAUGAUAGAGCAGCAGGCGUGUAUCGACCCAGAAGCACUGAGUCGUCGGAACCGCCUCCCGCAUACGUCUUGAAGCCGCCACCGUACACGGCCAAGGAUCCUGCGCUGGCGAAGCCGCUGCCACCGUGGAAGCAAUGGGUGGUAGAUCAUCGGAAGUGGCUGAUGCUUGCCUCAGUAAUCCUUGCAGCUGCCAUCGUAGUUGCGACCAUCUACGGCAUCAUGAAAGCCCGCGCACAGGGGAUUGUCAAUGCCUUGCAAUUUGAGCGUGGAGCCAACACCACACUGGACCUGACAAUCUUUACUGGCACAACUUUUGAUGUAACCGCCCGGUUCGACUGGAGUGACGCCUUGUGGAACAACGAUAGCCAGUAUAAGUACCUGAAUUUCGACGAAUUCAGAAGCUUGACAUUCACACUGGAGGGUGCCACAGAGCAGUUCACAAAGGUCUAUGACGUUUGGUUGCUUAUUUGGCAGCCCAAAGUCUUUCAAAGCAUUGAAGGCCUCCUUUACGACGACGAAUUAUCAGUGGAGGUGUUCAAACGCAUGAUCAACCAAAAGGAAUUCUUUGUGUGGAUCGAAGGAAGUACGAAAGUGAAAAUCGACACGUACCUGCCCAAGUACAGGGUCCAUUUCAAGAAGAAGAUAAUGAUGCCCGGUUUCGGCGGAAUCAGCCGCUACGAUAUAUUUUGGCCGGAGAUGUGGAACCUGAGCGACCCCGAGCAGAUCGAAAGAGACGGGACCAGGUAUCCCCGGUUCUUCAACUUCCAGGGCUAUACCGCAGGCGGCCUCAUCGCGGGUCCUAACACGCCCCAAGUCGAGCAGGGAAGGAAUUAUUACGACAGUUCCUCGGGUCUGACGCUCAAGGUGGACAUUUACGAGAAUGGCACCGAGACCAGGCUCGGACAGGGCAACCUGACCAACUUCCUGCUUCCGUAUCCGUACAAGCCCCAACUGACGGCCAUGAUUGACGUUGACUACGCCGACAUUGAAGAGAUGGCGAAGGCCUAUGAGGAUGGUAUGAUGCCGUGGGUGCUACGACCGACAGGAGCGCUUAUGCCCAAAUACGACUCACCAGUGUAUUACGCCGUUACAGAAGGGGAUGACGCCCCUUGGUUCUUUGAGGUCGUUAGAGGGAUGGAGUUUUCUAUGGUUGUCAACGUUACGCAGGGGAUGAGGUUUAUGAGGUGUCCGAAUGGUGAAUACGAUGACUCGGGUACUUGUGUUCCAUACAAUUUUAGUUCGUAUAAUUGGUGA